UUCCAUGAGUACUGUGUUAAAACUUGAAUGUUAGAACAUAUUGACAAUCGUUACCAUGCGUGUGUGGGUGGAUGUUUGAGGAUUCAGAGAUGUAUAUGGCAACAGACCUUGAUCAGGCUAUUUUUUACACCCAACAGUGCGAAUAUGAAAGAUGAGAAUACACUAUGUUGAAGUGCCUUGGUCUCACUACGGAAACCAUUCUCGAGAACCUUCACCUUGCAUGGAGGCUGGACAUCUAUGUAGACGAAUACAGAGGGCACUCUUAUCAAUCUUCAUCAGGAAAUUUUGUCGUUACAAAAAAUGGCACAUCAAAGUGCUAUUUAUAGGACUUGUGAUAUUUAUAGUAACAAAGUGCUUUUCUUUGGAAAGGAAUGAAAUCAUUUUUAGGUGCGAGACUGAUUUCGGUUAUACUCCAUACAAAUUCAAAAACUUGGACAACAUUAGUAUUGAUCCAUUAAACAUUCAUCCAUUUCGAUAUAAAUUUGUGGCAAACACUGUAUGUGAAAAUGAUGAGGAGAUUUAUCUUCUAACUCUUGUAAAAUCUGCUACACAUAACUACAAGAAUAGGCUUUACAUAAGACAGACAUGGGGCAAAGAAGCCAGCUUAGAAAAUCGGCGUCUGGUUUUUAUCCUUGGAUAUUCAGAAGUGCAACAAGCUUCUAUAGAAUAUGAAAAUCAAGUGUUUAAGGACAUAAUCCAGGAGGAUUUCCAAGAUAAUUACUGGAGCAAUACAUACAAAAUGGAGAUGGCAUUUAGCUGGAUUACAAAAUACUGUAAUUCUGCAAAAUAUAUCUUGUUUGUGGAUGAUGACAUGUUUGUUAACAUGCAAAACAGUUUGAAAUAUCUUAGCUCUAUUGACAGAAGUAAUGUGGAUUAUCUUUAUAGUGGAUUUCUGGUGGAAAAACCAUUUCCCAUCCGUGAUUUUUCCGACAAACAUUAUGUGUCCUGGGAAGAUUAUCCCUUUGACUGUUUUCCUCCAUACAUACCGUCCGGAACAGUUUUCUUUAACAAAGCAACAAUAAAUAAAUUUCAGAAAGUCAUUCCUUACAUCCCCCACUUUAGAGAGGAUGAUGUGUAUCUAGGUAUUGUUGCACAGAAAGUUGGAAUUGUGCCCUCUGAUAUCAGCUUUCUCAUAAGAUUAGGAAAUGGCAGUCCACAUGCUAAAUACAUUCCGUGUUUUAUAUCCGAUCAUGGAUAUUCAACCUCAGAGCUCUUUCAAGAAGCUUAUAGAGAACUCCAAACAAACACGAUUUCCAUAGAUUAUAUUAUGCGAGUAUGUGUAAAUGACAUAAACAGGCCAGGACAUUAAAGUGUUCAAAGCAGCAAAGUGGAAUAAAAAGCUAUGCUGUCAAAAUAACUGCAUUCUCAAAUGCACAAAGGAACUUCCUGGUUUUUUUUUUUUUUUACAAAAGAAACAGGAUCAUAAAGCUGUGAUUCAUUUCUAAACAGAAGGUAAUGUUUGUGUAUUAUAAUGACAUCCCAUUCAUUGUGAUGGGGAAAAGAUGUUCAAGUGAGAAGUACAUGGGCAUUGUGUAAUACUGGUAGACUUGUGCCAUACAUUAUGUAUACUUACAUGUACUUACUAUAAUGCUUCUUUGUUGUACAGGAAUAUGUAUAGUCUCUGUCAAUUUUUUUUCUUUGAAAUUCAUGCAAUGACCUUUAUUAAAUACUGUGUCUUA